AUGACAAUCGAUACACGCCCCGAUUCAUCUUCACUAUCAUCAGAUACCGCUGCCAACAAUAUGGAAGCGCAAACCUCGAACAGCAUAUACCUUCGGCUAUGUAGCUUCCUUGGUCAUCCGCAUGUCGACACCAAAACGCUUCUCGAGCAGAAGUAUCCCGGCAAUGGCACCCCAGACUCUCCAUUCCUCAUCACCUUCCUCCCUAACGACCCUCAAAACCCAAUGACAUUCCCCCUCUGGAAGAAAUGGUUCUUCACAGCUCUUCAAGCCCUGGCAACGUUAGCCACCACCUUCGCUAGUUCAGCAUACUCAGGCGGUAUAAAGCAAGUCAUCAAAUCAUUCAAAGUCUCCCAAGAGGUAGCCACGUUGGGUAUAUCGCUCUACGUUCUAGGCUUUGCACUAGGCCCGCUUGUCUGGGCGCCGUUGUCUGAACUUUAUGGAAGACGGAAGAUUUUCUUCUUCAGUUUCAUGGCUGCGACGGCUUUUAGUGCUGGAGCUGCUAGGGCGGGAAGUAUUGCUGCAUUACUUGUACUGAGGUUUUUGGUGGGAUCAAUCGGAUCUGCGCCUAUGUCUAAUGCGCCGGGUGUGAUUGCGGAUAUGUUUGAUAAGUCGCAGCGGGGUUUGGCGAUGUGCAUGUUCUCGGGCGCGCCUUUCUUGGGUCCUGCUGUCGGUCCGAUCGCGGGCGGCUUCUUGGCUCAGACGCAGGGUUGGCGAUGGCUUCAGGUCCUCAUGGCGAUAUUUACUGGCGUCAUAUGGAUCGUUGCGUCGCUUUCGAUCCCGGAAACUUACGCGCCGUAUAUCUUACGAAGACGCGCCCAGCGAUUGUCAAAGAACACAGGCAAGACGUACAUCUCCGCUCUCGACGUUGACAAACCACCAACUUCAGCAGCGCACCAGCUCGGAACCGCACUAACAAGACCGUGGGUGCUGUUACUCAAAGAACCCAUUGUGUUGAUCACAUCGAUCUACAUCUCUAUCAUCUACGGCACGAUGUACAUGUGUUUCGCUGCAUUUCCCAUCGUCUUUCAGAACGGAAGAGGUUGGAGUCAAGGAAUCGGUGGAUUGGCUUUCACUGGAACUGUCGUUGGAGUGAUACUGGCCAUCUUGAGUUUUGUGUUCGAAGACAAGCGGUACGCUAGGGCAGCUGCAAGGAAAGGUGCCCCGCUGGAACCAGAGGACCGGUUGCCUCCUGCGAUGGUUGGCUCUAUCUUUAUCCCGAUCGGUCUUUUUUGGUUUGCUUGGACCAUCUUUCCCAGUAUCCACUGGUCUGUUCCAAUUAUUGGAACGGUCUUCUUUGCUUGGGGUCUAGUCUUAGUCUUCAUGGCAUUGCUAAACUAUCUCAUUGACUCCUACGUCAUCUUCGCAGCGUCUGUCAUGGCCGCCAACUCAGCUCUACGCUCCCUCUUCGGCGCGGCCUUUCCACUCUUCACGCGUCAGAUGUAUCACAAUCUCGGUAACCACUGGGCAAGCUCUAUCCCAGCUUUCCUCGCGCUCGCAUGUGUGCCGUUUCCGUUCUUGUUCUUCAAAUAUGGUCAACAGAUACGCUUAAAGUGCGAGUAUGCAGCUGAAGCUGUAAAUGUGCUGGAGAAGAUGAGAAGUCAACAUAUCACCGUUACGGAGGACGAUGCUAUGGAGGAAGCUGAUACUAUCUGGAGGUCUAGAAGCCGUGCAUCUAUGGAACGUCGUUUGACCAUGAAGUUCCUCGUCGCCCUUGCUCCAUUCAUAUCCACAGCUGCAGCGGUAGAUGGCUAUCUCCACAUCACCCCAGACUGCACUGUCCGAAGCGGGCCCGGCGGAUUCGGCAGCUACUUACGCUGCACCAACAUGAGAGCCCGCACCUGCUGCGGAAUUGAUACCACUGAUAGCCCUUAUCAGUCCCUUGCAAUUCGUGGUGUCAUGGACGGCACUUCUAUGUGGGCUACCGGGUACAUCGGUGGCAAUUGCACUACUAUCCAGGCUUUUGGAGGUAGUAAUUGGAACUCACAGUUUUGCAUUUAUUACAGUGGGUUUAACUUUACUGGGCUUGAUCACAGCAACUGGGCGCGGAAGAGAGCUGGUGGUAAAAAGGAAUGUCAACGACCUGACACUCUUGUAUUGUCGGAUGGGACGGAAUACGAUUUGACUGCUUUGGACGUCGAUGAUUUCAAAGACAUUAUUGAUACCAGUGCAAAGGCAACUCAAAUUACGGAGAUUUCUGAGAAGUUCGAGAAGUUUAUCGUCAAGUAG